CUCGGUGGCCUGGGCAAAACUAGCCUGGACGAGCGGCUGGUGUUGACUGCGCGGGGAGCGCGACGUCCAUGUAAACAAGGCAGGGGAAGAAGGGGCGCCUCAGCUUGCGGGAGCAGGCACCCCCUGUGUUCCUGACCCCACUGAGGGGUGUGCCCACAGGCUCAUCAUGGCACAGCAACGUGGGGUCAACAGCCUCCGCUUCAACCAAGAUCAGAGCUGCUUUUGCUGCGCUAUGGAGACGGGGGUUCGGAUCUAUAAUGUGGAGCCUCUCAUGGAGAAAGGGCACCUUGAUCAUGAACAGGUGGGCAGCGUGGGAUUGGUUGAAAUGUUACACCGAUCCAAUCUCCUUGCUAUUGUCGGUGGAGGCGGCAACCCCAAAUUCUCUGAGAUCUCAGUCUUGAUCUGGGACGAUGCCCGUGAAGGGAAGGAGGGCAAAGAGAAGCUGGUCCUAGAAUUCACCUUCACCAAGCCAGCCCUGGCUGUCCGCAUGAGGCAUGACAAGAUCAUCAUUGUGUUGCGGAAUCGAAUCUACGUCUACUCCUUCCCAGAUAACCCCACCAAGCUCUUUGAGUUUGACACUCGGGAAAACCCCAAAGGACUCUGUGAUCUCUGCCCCAGCUUGGAGAAGCAGCUCCUGGUUUUCCCUGGGCAUAAAUGUGGCAGUUUGCAGCUAGUGGAUCUUUCCAGCACCAAGCCUGGGACCUCCUCUGCCCCGUUCACGAUCAACGCCCACCAGAGCGAGAUUGCCUGCAUCUCUCUCAACCAGCAGGGAACUGUGGUGGCGUCUGCCUCUAAGAAAGGGACCCUCAUCCGCCUCUUUGACACCCAGACCAAGGAGAAGCUGGUGGAGCUCAGGAGGGGAACAGAUCCAGCUACCUUGUACUGCAUUAACUUCAGCCACGACUCUUCAUUUCUCUGUGCCUCCAGUGACAAAGGGACCGUCCACAUCUUUGCCCUGAAGGAUACCCGCCUAAAUCGGCGCUCAGCGUUGGCCCGUGUGGGAAAGGUCGGGCCCAUGAUAGGCCAGUACGUGGAUUCUCAGUGGAGUCUGGCCAGCUUCACGGUGCCAGCGGAGUCUGCCUGCAUCUGCGCCUUUGGCAGGAAUACGUCCAAGAACGUCAACUCGGUCAUUGCUAUCUGCGUCGAUGGCACUUUCCACAAAUACGUCUUUACUCCGGACGGCAAUUGCAACCGCGAGGCCUUUGACGUCUACCUGGAUAUAUGUGACGAUGAUGACUUUUGAGCCCAGCUGAGCCCCCUGCCGUGGGCAGGCAGAAGAAGCAUGCUGGGCAACUGGGGGAGCAUUUGCUUUGGGGCAUGUUAAGGACCCAGGUUGGGAAAGAACAAGGCUCUGGUGGGAAUCCCACCGGACUUUUAUGACGGGAUGGGAUAGAUCCUCAGAGAACUCUCCUCUCGAUGCUGUCGCCUCGGAUACCCUGUUCCUAUGCUCCCCUUGCCUGGCUACCCAUCCCAUGUGGGACCAGUGAGAAGGCUCAGUGGGGUGGAGUGUUUGGAAAGAGAACUUUUCAGAGUCUGCUCAGCCUGGAUUUUGGAAGCUGGGGAGGGAGUUUCCCAGCUCUUGGCAGACAUUUGGAGGGGGCAGGGUGUAGAAGGGGUAGAACUAUCAUUAAAGUUCAAGUGCAAAUGCUU